GUGGAGGAAAACAGAACUCAGAAAAACUUUGCGACUGCGAAGAAGAUCAAGAUGGCUCUUCGAAUCAGUCCCGUCACCUUGCAAUCGGAGAGGUAUCGUUCAUUUUCCGUAACUAAAACGGCCAAUCUCAGAUCCCCCAAAUUCGCCAUGGCUUCCACCCUGGGAUCUUCGACUCCGAAGGUUGAAAAUACCAAGAAGCCUUUUACCCCUCCACGAGAGGUUCAUGUUCAGGUGACACACUCCAUGCCACCACAAAAGAUAGAGAUUUUCAAAUCCAUAGAGGGUUGGGCUGAGGAGAACAUAUUGGUUCACCUAAAGCCUGUGGAGAAAUGUUGGCAAGCACAGGAUUUCUUGCCGGAUCCUGCAUCUGAAGGAUUUGAUGAACAAGUCAAGGAACUACGAGCGAGAGCAAAGGAGAUUCCUGAUGAUUACUUUGUUGUUUUGGUUGGAGAUAUGAUUACAGAAGAAGCCCUACCUACCUACCAAACAAUGCUUAAUACGCUAGAUGGUGUACGGGAUGAGACUGGGGCUAGCCUUACACCUUGGGCUGUUUGGACUAGGGCUUGGACGGCUGAAGAAAACAGGCAUGGUGAUCUUCUCCACACUUAUCUCUACCUUUCUGGGCGGGUAGACAUGAGGCAGAUACAGAAGACAAUUCAGUAUCUCAUUGGGUCAGGAAUGGAUCCGCGUACUGAAAACAGUCCCUACCUUGGGUUCAUCUACACGUCAUUUCAAGAGCGUGCCACAUUUGUUUCUCAUGGAAACACCGCCAGGCACGCAAAGGAGCACGGAGAUGUGAAGCUGGCGCAGAUUUGUGGUAUAAUCGCAGCAGAUGAAAAGCGUCAUGAAACCGCCUACACAAAGAUAGUCGAAAAGCUAUUCGAGAUCGAUCCUGAUGGCACUGUUCUUGCUUUUGCUGACAUGAUGAGGAAAAAGAUCUCCAUGCCUGCACACUUGAUGUAUGAUGGGCGUGAUGACGACCUCUUUGAACAUUUCUCGGCGGUUGCCCAAAGACUUGGUGUCUACACCGCCAAAGACUACGCCGACAUACUGGAAUUUCUGGUCGGGCGGUGGAAAGUGGCGGAUUUAACCGGUCUAUCUGGAGAAGGACGUAAAGCUCAAGAUUAUGUUUGCGGGUUGCCACCAAGAAUCAGAAGGCUGGAGGAGAGAGCUCAAGGGCGGGCAAAGGAAGGACCCGUCGUUCCAUUCAGCUGGAUUUUCGAUAGACAGGUGAAGCUCUGAAAGAAAAGAAGGAGCAGUAAGUUCUGUUUCUGUUGGUUUAUGGUAGAGGUUAAACUAUUUUAGAUGUCUGUUUCGUGUAGUGUGUGUUUUUUUCUCUUGAAUCUGGUACCAGUGUCGUUGAGUUUGCGUUUGUAAACUUGUGUCUAUGGACAUAUUAUAGAACUUGUUAUGCCAAUUUUGAUGAUGAUAUUUAUCGUCC